AUGGAGCAUCGUAAGAGACAGUUCAGCCUUAAAUUUUAUUAUGAGCAAUUUCUACGGGUCACUAAUGCUCAGGAAGCCGUUGGUAAUCUAUUUAACCCUUUUAUACUUUUUUCGCUGGCUUGGUCAAUGCUUGUCCUAUGCCUUACGAUAUACUUCAUUACACAACCGCAUUCAAGCCUUGUGGAACCGAUUUCGCCGGAGCAGAUUACGGUACCAGAAAUUAGGCGUCGAUUAACGCGCAGUGUUCACUUCACAAUCUGUUGGGCGGGGGGCAUGGACUGCAGGUAUUGUGGCCGUAGAUGCACCUAUCAAGCAUUAUGGACUGCCCAUACAGCCGAUUUGUCU